AUGGGCGCGGUCACCUCAGAAAUCGCUGUUGUUAUUGACACACACAUAAGGUUAACCAAAUGUAGUAAAAUCACAAACAUCACAGAUUGGAGCUAUCAAGUUAAGGGUAUUUUUGGCCAUUCAUACACGGUUGCUUUAGACACUAAAGUCUGUUCUUGCCAAGUUUUCCAAAAGCUAAAAAUCCCAUGCGGAGAUGCAAUGCUAGGUGCUGACUCAGUCGGUCUCUCCCAUGUCCAACUUGUUGGAGAUUGCUACAGAACCCAGUCAUGGAAAGACACGUACUCUGGUGUCAUCUACCCGGAAGCCCCGUUUGGAGAGCUCCCUAUCCCUCCCGCUAUUGCUUCUCUCAAUCUACAGCCUCCUAAUACCCGUCGUCCUUCAGGCCGUCCCAAGGACCAACGCAUCCCCUCUACUGGUGAAAUCAAGACGCUAGACUGCUUGACUUAUGUUAUUUGA